AUGAAGUUCACUACAGUCAUCUCAGUCGGUGCCGCCGCUAGCACCGCCAUGGCCGCCCCCUUUCUCGAGAAGCUGGCGACGUUUGGCGGCGCCAAGGCCAAGUGGAUAAUCGGUAAUCAGGACGACAAGUACGACGGCGUGUCGCCCUUCUACUUCACAUCGACAUACAGCGUACUGGCCACGCCGGAUCAAGUCGUCAACGCAUCCAACAUCGCCACGGGAGGCCUUGAAGGCUCCAAGGGCUGGUUCCUGUAUGGCAUCAAUGCCGAUGAGGAUGUCAUCUGCUACAACAUCACCACGCAGGGCUUCCGCGGCGAUUAUCAGUCGCCGGCCGUGACGGCGACGCACAUCCAUCAGGGUGAGAAGGGCAAGAACGGCCCGCCGAGGAUUGCUUUCCCAAACCCAGAGCCCAUUGGUGAUGGUAAUGUGCGCCGAAGCCUCGGUUGCCUUAAGGGGCCCUUCCGUACUGGCGUCAUGGUUGAUGGGCGGGACACCGGCGAGGGAUUUGCCGUGGCCAUGAUCGAGAAGGACCCGGCUGGCUUCUUUACGGACUCGCACUCGUCGCUCGCGGUGGCAGGUGCUUUCCGGGGACAGCUUGGAUGCCGAGAACGCUAG